AUGCCUACUUUUCUACACAUCUUCGACCUGUACGACCAAAACUUGCCAUGGCAAAGACUGGAAUCGAUUCUCAGCGCUUAUAUCGACAUGAUCGAAGCAGGAAAAGCCGUGGCCCUGCACGAAUCUAUUGGUCGUGAGCCACGUCUCGGACCAGUUCAAGGUGCAGAUGGCCAAACUUCGUGGCAAGAAAUCGCACCUUCUGGACCAAAAGUAGACCCUUAUACUGGAGCCCGUCGAUCACGCUACGACACUCACCCUUGGAGUCUGGUUUCCUACACUCAUGGCGACUUGACUUCCUGUCUAAAAUUGUGGGAAGAGCUGUUCACAGUAAUCGAAAUCAAGAGCGGAUUACGAGAUGAAGAAGAAGACCCAAACACCACACCCCUGUGCAGUCGGUCUGGUCUUUCCGCAGCGGGUGUACCCAGAGGAUUUGCCUACGAUCUACUAUCUCACGCCCGGCAGCCGCGAAUCUGGUACGUGGCACCCGGAAUCCGUCUGCCCCAGGCUUCCGAGUUCGUAAAUCAACCCUUCAAACACGUUGCUGCAAAGUACCCAAAGGAGACCGAGGGUAUCAAAAUGCCGUUUUUGUUCUUCCGCGCUGAGGGAACGGUGACCUCGAAACAAGCAAACUUUCGUUGGCCGUUCAGCACUGUACAGGAAGUACCUUGCGGUCUCUAUCUUGACUCGUACCCGAACAAGGAAAACCCAUUCGAAGAUGCCUGUCGCCUCGUGCUCCCCUUUCCGGUAGGAGGAAACAAGAAAGCCAAAACCAGUGAUGGUAGAUUGAUGCAGAAGAGUCAUACAGAGGUCUAUGCUCAUGGCAUCAACCCCUUUACUUUACGCCAUGGUCCCAAAUUGACGGCGAUAUUGGAGAAUUGGUUGAUGAAUGUUAAGAGUGGGCAUUGGACUGUGGAUGAGCAGGGUGUUUCUGGCGGUGUAGAGACUUGGAAGCAGGCGGACACGGAAGAGCAUUGGGACAAGUACGUUUCGGCGCAUUUAGCAUUGUAG